CUCAGUAGACUGCAGGUCUUGUAUGUUCACACCUGGUGUGCUUCAAGCAGGUCGGCACAGCGAAGGCGUAGAUGUUCCUCUGAAUGGGCGUCUGGUAGAAGAGAAUGGAAGCAGAAACUACUGUUAUAAAUGAAACAGAGAGACAAGAUGAUCCGAACUCCUCCUACGAUCUGGAGGAAGUAAAACCACCACUUAUCAAUACCCACUCAAAUGUCAGCAGACACAGAAGAAUAGGAGCUUCUAAGAUGAGCUCUACCCCUCAGGCAGCCAUGCCAGGCAUCUCCUCUCCUACAGCUCUCAUAGCGGGAGCUCGAAAACUCUCGGUGGUCCUCUCGAAUGAAGCGAGGAAGGAGAUGGUUAAGCAGGCUAGAGCUCUGAGGGACGAGAGAAGAGCACUGCUAGACGCAAGAUACAAGUAUCUCAUUACCAAGAUCUCUCAUGGGAUCAGUCUGGGAGAGACGGAAGUGGAAGAGGCCCUCAUUUCUGAUGAGAAGUUCAGCAUGAUUGAGGAUUUUUUUGCAGCCUAUGGAUCCAAAAGAUUGCUUUUCUACUAUCAGUCUUCUGUUCAUUCCUAUGGAAACGUUUCCUCCCUGAUGGACACUCAGAGUCUGGUGUCUGGGCAGAAAAGAUUAUUCAUUACAACUGGCACUGCGGAGAGACUGAGUGGCGUUUGUUUGUUUUUCCUGCGGAACACGGAGAAGGCCAUAACGACGACUAACGUUUCACAGGAGGUCAACUCCGGCAUGCUUGACUGCACAGAUGGAAACGUUCUACACAGUCUAGAGAUGUUUUUCACUCAAAUCACAUAUCCUGCACUCAGGAUACAAGAGGACUGGGGAGUCAUGAAAGAGGGUCAGGAGGACUCUCAUGUUCAGGACUUCCUGCUCUCCAUUGACAAAUUCAUCUGCAGUCUGUCCUCAGCCAGGAAGAACUUAGAGGACAAGUUUCACCUUGACUUUAAUGAAUCUGCUCCAGAACUCGGGCACCUUCAGGAACCAGAUGAUUACAUUAAUGCAGCGAGUAACUCUGAGCUGGUAGAAGGUCUGGAGGUGGUGCUGUUACGCUGGACCAAGCAGAUCGAGCAGGUUCUCACUGAGAGUGAACAGAUGAGGAGAGAGGCGGAUAACAGCGGACCCUCGGUGGAACUGGAACACUGGAAAAAGCAAAUGAGCAUCUUUAACUGUCUUUUAGAGGAAAUAAAGCAACCCGGGGUGAAGAAAGUUCUAGGAGUUCUGCAGGUCGCAAAGUCGAAGACGCUGAGCAGAUGGAAAAAACUGGAUAAAAACAUCACGUUUGUAGCUAAUCAGGCCAAAGAUAACGUGAAAUAUUUAUCUACAUUAGAAAGAUUCUUCAAGGCUCUGGGGAAAUGCAGCCCGAAGAACAUGUUGGCGCAUAUUCCCAGCCUCCUGAACAGCAUUCUUCUGAUCCAAAACGUGUCCCACUCCUACAACACUUCGGAGCAUAUGACCUCUAUCUUUGUGAAGGUCACUAAUCAAAUGGUCACCACUUGCAAAGGAUUCCUCUGCCAGGGGGUGACCAGAAUCUGGGACUUGGACAGGAAAGAAAUACUGAAGAGGAUUGAGGAAUGCGUGCAGUUGAACCAGCAAUACAGGCAGUGCUUCCAAAGAACAUGGAAAGAACUCCAGCAACGUCCUACUGAACAAAAGCUGGAAUUUAGUGAGAAUUACAUCUUCGGGAAGUUUGACGCCUUCUGUAAACACCUGCAGAACAUUGCAGACUUGGCGACAACUCUAGAAAGUCUAUCUGCUCUGCAGUUCAUUAAAGUGGAAGGCAUCGAGAAGAUAAACGCACGCUUCCAAACUAUUGUAACCAACCUCAAAUCCAAGACGUACAACGUGCUGGAUUAUCGCAAGCUGGAGUUCGACAGCGACUACGCAGAAAUCAAAGGUCAAAUCCAAGGCUUGUGUCAGUGCCUUCAUACGCUGAUGGAUACCUUCUUUCAGCAGACGCAUCCUACAGAAGAAGAGCUCCGUCUGCUGUUAAAGUUCGAGGACACUGUGGGUCAGCAGAUAGACCUCAGGCAGAAGUAUGGAGUUGUUCUGCAACAUUUUGCCAACGACUUGGAGCAAGUGCGAAAGGUCUACAAAAAACACAAAGACAACCCUCCUUUAGUGCGGAAUAUGCCACCUGUCGCUGGGAAAAUUACGUGGUCACGUCAUCUUUACAGAAAACUCGAGUCGCCAAUGGAAAUGCUGAAGAAGAAGAUGGAGAUUCUUAUGACCCCUGAGGGUAAGAAGAUUAUACAUGCGUAUAACAGACUGGCAGCAGUUCUAGUGGAGUAUGAACUACUCUAUCACAAAGCCUGGGUCAAUGCAGUGGAACUCGGACAGCAAGGCCUCAAGGCCUCCCUUCUCAUCAGGCAUCCACAAACUAAGGAGUUCUGUGUGAACUUGGAUCCUGUGGUCCUUGAGGUACUCGAGGAAGCGAAAUACAUGCACAAGUUAGGAGCUCACGUACCGAAGGCGAUCCUCGGUAUGUACGCUGAUAAAGCCGAGGUGAAAAACAAUCACCACAAAAUCGUGGAGAUGCUUCAGUACUUUGGAGCAGCAGUGAGCAGAAUCCCAGCACUGCUCCUGCCUCUGAUGAAACCUUUUAUUGAUCGUGUGGAGAUGGCUCUCUCUCCUGGACUCAUCUCUCUCUCCUGGAGUUCCCUCAACAUUAACAAAUUUGUAGACAAUGUGUAUGAAGUUCUGAGAGACCUGGAGCAGAUAGUCAAGGUGACCACAGACAUACUGGAGUGUCGAAUUGAGCAGGUUUUGGAGUCGAUGUCCUGCACUGACCUCCUCGCUCUUCCUGAGGACCAGCCAGUCGUCCCACAGAGCUUUCUCAGGCAGACUGAAAGUACGGUGAAAUCAGCAAGACACCAGCUGAUGCUACAAAGUCAACAGGUAGAACGUUCAAUGUACGAGAUGAUUGAGGAACUUAAAAAAGUGAUGAAUCCUGCAGAGAUGGUGAAUGUGGAGGAGCCGUUUCAGUGCCUUCAUCCUGACCUUAAACUGAAGACUCGGUGCCUGCUGUGUAUACCGUGUAGCUUCUACGUGAUGAUGGGACAGCUGUGUCAGAGGAACACUGAGGCACUGGUUAAAGCUACCAAAUUUUCUCUGGACUCUCUGAGGGUUCGACUUUACGAAAGCCCAAAGUAUCAUUCAUCUACUUUCGAGUCAAACUUUCCACAAGUCCACUCACCGCUUUUUAUAGUCAUGAUCGAGCUGGCCAUCCCCAAUAUCAUUCUCAAACCCAGAUUGGAAGAGAUCCAGGGUGUUCUGGCCAAAGUUGUGACUACAGUCCUGUCAAUGGCUAAAGAUAUUCCCUUGUGGAAAUUUUCACAUUUACAUCACAAGCAGCAGCAGAUGGAGCUGCAAGCAGCACGAGAGCUAGCAGAUGACGGCCUGGCCACCAAACACCUGAGUCUGAAGCCACUUGACAGACAAAUUGCUGAGCAUAAAGAUAUUAAUAAAUCAGCUGCCCAGUUAAACUCUUUAAUAUUUUCUUUUAAUGUGGAUCCUGAAUUCAUUCUGGAUGACUUGUCGCAAUUUUCCGCUUUGUGGAACCAGGAUCCUGCAGAGCAGGUGAAAGCGUUUUUGGGAACCGGUCCUUCUCUCCCUGAGUUCGGUGGCCAGUUUUCGUAUUAUUCUACACUCGAAACCAGGAUUGAGAAUCUUCCUUCCUAUUGCACUUUGGGUUUCAUCCUGUACGACCUCCACUCCCUCAAACUUUCCCUGACUCUGGAAUGUCGGGCAUGGAAGCGAACAUUCGGGAUGGCUUUAAAUCAGCUCGCCUCUACAGACAUGAGCGAGCUGAGCUCUUUCGUUGAUGCGAUGACCAAACAGCUUCAGAGGCCCGUCUCCGACCUGGAGGACGUCCGGGAAGCCAUGGAUUCUCUACGGAAAGUACGGGAAGUAGAGUUGUGGAUUGAGGCCACUCUUGGCCCGGUGGAGGAGACCUUCGCCCUGCUGAAUCGACAUGAUCUGCAGUUCAGCGAUGGGAAUGCUGAGAGAGUGGACACUUUAACUUAUGCUUGGAAAAACCUCAAAGAAUUGGUCAUUCAAACGCACAAGACUCUCGAGCAGGUUCACCCCACCAUGAGGGCAGAGCUUCUUACUGGUGUCAAAAGCUUCCAGGCUGCGGUCACAAAGUUCUACGACGUUUACGAUAAAAGUGGUCCAGGUGUGGUGGGACUGAACCCUGUGGAGGCCAGUGACAGGCUGCAGGUUUAUCAGGCACAGUUUGAUGAGCUCUGGAGGAAGUACAUCACAUUUUCCGGCGGUGAGCAGCUCUUUGGCCUUACAGUUAAUGAGUAUCCUGAUCUGCACCGGAUCAAAAAGGAGCUGAACCUUCUCUCCAAACUGUACACUUUGUACAACUCUGUCACUGAAAGUGUGAGCGGUUACGCCGAGAUCCCUUGGGCUGAUCUCAACAUAGAGAAGAUUAACGGUGAACUCCAGGAUUUUCAGAACAGAAUUCGGAAACUCCCCAAAGCGUUGAAGGAAUGGCAGGCAUUUCAUGACUUAAAGAAAACGAUCGAUGAGUUCAGUGAAACGUGUCCUCUGUUGGAACUGAUGGCAAACAAGGCCAUGAUGCCCCGCCACUGGCAGCACCUGAGCGAUAUCACAGGUUACAGGUUUGAAAUGGACGUUGGAAAUGUAAUUUUAAAAAAGGUCUUGGAGGCGCCGCUGUUAAAAAACAAAGAAGAUAUUGAGGAUGUGUGUAUCAGUGCGGUGAAAGAGCGCGAUAUUGAGGCUAAGCUGAAAGAAGUGGUGGCAGAGUGGAGUGGACAUCAGUUUACUUUUUCACCGUUUAGGAACCGUGGAGAGCUUCUCCUGAAAGGCUCAGACACCAGAGAAAAGGUGGGACUGAUAGAGGACAGCCUCAUGGUGCUUGGUUCACUCCUGAGCAACAGGUACAACGCUCCCUUCAAGCCCACAAUUCAGCAGUGGGUACAGAAGCUGUCCAACACCUCAGAGGUUAUUGAGAAAUGGCUGACUGUACAGAACCUGUGGCUCUACCUGGAGGCUGUGUUUGUUGGAGGAGACAUCGCCAAGCAGCUUCCACAGGAAGCCAAGCGGUUCCAGAACAUUGAUAAAUCAUGGCAGAGGAUCAUGCAGAGGGCCCAUGAGGUGGUCGGGGUGGUGCAGUGCUGCGUGGGGGACGAGACUCUAUCUCAGCUGCUUCCUCACCUCCUGGAACAGCUUGAGGUGUGCCAAAAAUCCCUCAGUGGAUACCUGGAGAAGAAACGACUUAUCUUUCCACGGUUCUUCUUCGUGUCUGAUCCUGUCCUUUUGGAGAUACUUGGCCAAGCAUCGGAUCCACAGACGAUACAGGGUCAUUUGCUGAACCUUUUCGACAACGUGAACAGAGUUGUGUUCCAUGAGAAGAACCAGGACCAAAUCCUGAGCUUCCAGUCACAGGAAGGAGAAUCCGUAGAUCUGAUGGAGCCUGUAAAUGUCCACGGAAAUGUAGAAAGCUGGCUGGGAUUGUUAUUAGACCAGGUGAGGAAGACCAUCCAUAGCAUUAUCAGAAAGGCCCACAUGGCUGUGAGUGACCCAGAGCUGAAGCUCAUUGAUUUCCAGUCAGCGUUCCCUGCUCAGGUGGGCCUGCUGGGCAUACAGCUCAUCUGGACCAGAGAUGCAGAAGGUGCCCUCAGCCUCAGCAAGAGUGACAAGAAGAUCAUGCAGGUGACGAAUCAGAAGUUUUUGGAUCUUCUGAACGAGCUGAUCGAUAUGACGACUCAUGAGCUCACGAAAAUGGAAAGAACCAAAUAUGAAACCCUGAUAACAAUCCAUGUGCAUCAGAAGGAUAUAUUUGAGGAUCUGGUCAAAAUGAACAUCAGAUCUAAAGCAGACUUCGAAUGGCAGAAGCAGUCUCGUUUCUACUUCAUAGAAGACACGGACAAGUGUAUGAUUCAUAUCACCGACGUGGAGUUUGAAUACUGUAAUGAGUAUCUGGGAUGCAGUGACCGACUGGUUAUAACUCCUCUUACUGACAGAUGUUAUAUAACCCUGGCCCAGGCACUGGGGAUGGGGAUGGGUGGUGCACCAGCAGGACCAGCAGGAACAGGAAAGACUGAAACCACUAAAGACAUGGGCCGAUGCCUGGGCAAAUAUGUUGUAGUGUUCAACUGCUCGGAUCAAAUGGACUACCGAGGACUGGGGCGCAUUUAUAAAGGCCUGGCGCAGUCCGGCGCAUGGGGCUGCUUUGACGAGUUUAACCGCAUCGAGUUGCCCGUGCUUUCAGUAGCAGCACAGCAGAUCUACAUUGUGCUCCAGUGUAAAAAGAACAAAAAAUCCCAGUUUGUCUUCACUGAUGGAGACGUCGUGGACAUGGACAAAGAGUUUGGCAUCUUCCUGACGAUGAAUCCAGGGUAUGCAGGAAGACAGGAGCUGCCUGAGAAUUUGAAGAUUCAGUUUCGUAUCGUGGCCAUGAUGGUGCCCGACCGUGCCAUCAUUAUGAGAGUCAAACUGGCUAGUUGCGGCUUCAGAGAGAACCAGAUGCUCAGCCGCAAGUUCUAUACGCUUUACAAAUUGUGUGAGGAGCAGCUCUCCAAACAAGUCCAUUACGACUUUGGCUUGCGCAAUAUCCUGUCAGUUUUGAGGACUUUGGGAGCAGUAAAGCGAUCGAACCCAUCGGAGCCUGAGAAGACUGUGGUUAUGAGGGUGCUGCGUGACAUGAACCUCUCCAAACUGGUAGAUGAGGAUGAACCUCUGUUCCUGAGUCUGAUUAAUGAUUUGUUCCCGGGGAUCGGGCUGGAUAAAGCUGGUUAUCCCGAGCUGGAAGCAGCUAUUAGCAGUCAGGCUGAGGAGGCCGGCUUAAUUGCUCACCAACCAUGGAUGCUGAAACUGGUCCAGCUUUAUGAAACUCAGCGAGUAAGACACGGUAUAAUGACUCUUGGUCCUAGUGGAACGGGGAAAACCACCUGCAUCCACACCCUGUUGCAGGCGAUGACGAUCUGUGGCACUCCACACAAAGAAAUGAGAAUGAACCCUAAGGCCAUUACGGCUUCCCAGAUGUUUGGAACUUUGGACGUGGCUACAAACGACUGGACGGAUGGAGUCUUCUCGACACUGUGGAGGAAAACUCUGAAAGCAAAGAAGGGCGAAUGUAUAUGGAUUGUUCUGGAUGGUCCAGUAGACGCUGUCUGGAUUGAAAACUUGAAUUCAGUUUUAGACGACAACAAAACUCUUACCCUAGCCAAUGGAGACCGCAUCCCGAUGUCUCCCAACUGUAAAGUGGUUUUUGAACCUCACAACAUCGACAACGCUUCUCCGGCGACGGUUUCUCGUAACGGCAUGGUCUUCAUGAGUUCGUCUGUGCUGGACUGGAAGCCCAUUCUGCAGGCAUGGCUAAAGAAUAUUCCAGCCUCCCAGGCAGAAGUGCUUCUGAACUGCUUCAACAGCGUCUACCAGGACUUGAUGAACUUUGUUUCUACCGCGGUUUACCCGAAAAUGCAGAUCCUGGAGUGCAUGUACAUCAGGCAGACUAUUGACCUUUUACAGGGGCUGAUUGUAGAAGAGAAGAACCUGACAGAAGCUCACAUUAGCCGUCUGUUCGUGUUUGCUGUCAUGUGGUCUGUGGGUGCGUUACUGGAACUGGAGGAUCGAUCCAAGAUGGAGGUGUUUCUGAGAAACGUUCCGGUUUUGCUGGACCUGCCUAACACACAGGGUGACGAAACCAUUUUCGAAUACGUGGUCAGUGAAACUGGGGAAUGGGAGCUGUGGUCAAACAAGGUGCAACAGUAUCACUACUCGAAGGACACAGUUCCUGACUAUGCCUCUAUAUUGGUGCCGAACGUGGAUAACACACGGACCGACUUCCUUCUGCAAACAAUCAUGAAACAGGGCAAAGCAGUUCUCCUGAUUGGAGAACAGGGCACUGGGAAGACCGUCAUGAUUAACGGCUACACCAACAGGUAUAACCCUGACCUGCACCUGAGUAAGAGCUUGAACUUCUCCUCCGCCACACUCCCGAGCAUGUUUCAGCAAACCAUUGAGAGCUACAUAGAUAAGCGAAUUGGCUCCACGUACGGACCACCCGCAGGAAAAAAGAUGACCGUUUUCAUCGACGAUAUCAACAUGCCAGUCAUUAAUGAGUGGGGAGACCAGAUCACUAAUGAAAUAGUCCGUCAACUAAUGGAGCAGGGAGGCUUUUACAGUCUGGACCGGCCUGGAACGUUCAUCAGCAUCGUAGAUCUGCAGCUCAUAGCAGCCAUGAUCCACCCUGGAGGGGGUCGCAACGACAUCCCACAGCGUCUGAAGCGUCAGUUCUGCGUGUUCAACUGUACUCUUCCAUCCAACUCGUCUAUAGAUAAGAUCUUCCACACGUUAGCAUCUGGAUAUUUCUGCCCAGAAAGGGGUUUUACGGAGGGCGUGUGCACGCUCGCUGCAGCGCUCGUGCCCACCAUAAGGAAAGUGUGGCAAACUGUAAAAUCCAAGAUGUUGCCAUCACCCGCAAAAUUCCACUAUAUCUUUAAUUUGAGGGACCUGAGCAGGAUAUGGCAGGGGAUACUGACUGUAAAAGCAGAAGUGUGCAGAGAUCAAGAGCUCCUGAUUUCUCUCUUCCGCCACGAGUGCACACGAGUGAUGGCUGACCGAUUCGUCGAUCACCACGAUAGGGAGAUCUUCGACGGCAUCCUGGAAAGGAUUGUGAUGGAAGACCGUGGACCUGGUCUACUGGAGCGUAAACCUUGGGAAGAAUAUUUUGUAGAUUUCCUCAGAGAUGCUCCUGAGAUAACAGGAGAUGAACCUGAAGACGCUGAGAUUUUGGUUCCGAAGAUAUACGAACCUGUUCCCUCCUUCACAGCGCUGUCAGAGCGUCUUUCUAUGUUCCUGCAGCAGUAUAAUGAGUCGGUGAGGGGGGCUCCAAUGGACCUGGUCUUUUUUAAGGAUGCGAUGAUUCACUUGGUGAAGAUAUCACGCGUCAUUCGCACUCCUCAGGGCAAUGCUCUGUUAGUGGGUGUGGGAGGAUCAGGAAAGCAGAGCCUCACACGAUUGGCCUCCUUCAUUGCUGGGUAUCAAAGCUUCCAGAUUACUCUCACGAGAACCUACAAUGUGAGUAAUCUCAUGGAGGACCUGAAGACCUUGUACAGAAUUGCAGGGAUGGAAGGCAAAGGUGUGACCUUCAUCUUCACUGACAAUGAUGUUAAAGACGAAUCCUUUCUUGAGUACAUGAAUAACGUAGUGGCCUGUGGCGAGGUCUCAAACCUGUUCGCUCGAGAUGAGAUCGAUGAAAUCACUCAGUAUCUGAUCCCCGUCAUGAAGAAACACCAUCCUCGCACUCCUCCGUCCCCCGACAACCUGUACGCCUACUUUCUAUCUAGGGUACGCAGUAACCUUCAUGUCAUCCUUUGUUUUUCUCCUGUUGGUGAUAAACUUCGUUCUCGUGCUCUGCGGUUCCCUGGUCUGAUCUCCGGAUGCACUGUAGACUGGUUCCAGAGAUGGCCUAAAGAUGCUUUGGUAGCUGUGGCUCAUCAUUUCCUCGCCAGCUAUCCUUUUCAGUGCUCGGAGACGGUGAAAAACAACGUGAUCAGCACAAUGGGAACAUUUCAGGAUCUGGUGGCGAGGAUAUGCAUUGAGUAUUUUCAGCGCUACAGACGACAGACCUACGUGACGCCUAAAUCGUACUUAUCUUUUAUUAAAGGAUACCAGAGCAUUUACCAUGAGAAGAUCGCAGCUGUGGGACUGCUGGCAAAACGGAUGAACACUGGUCUCGAGAGGUUGAUGGAGGCAGAGCAAGUUAUCGGCCAGCUUUCCAACGACCUGGUGGUGAAAGAACAGGAGCUGGAAGUGGCCUCUAACAAGGCAGACGUGGUCCUUCAGGAGGUGACUGUCAUAGCACAAGCAGCCGAGAAGGUUAAGACGCAGGUACAGAAAGUGAAGGACAAGGCCCAGGCUAUUGUGGAUGAAAUCGCUGGGGAUAAAAAAGUAGCAGAGGCGAAACUGGAAGCUGCAAAACCUGCACUUGAUGCUGCAGAAGCUGCACUACAGACUAUAAAACCGUCAGACAUUGCAACAGUGCGUAAACUGGGGAAGCCCCCACAUCUGAUCAUGAGAAUCAUGGACUGCGUGCUGCUGCUGUUCCAGCGCCGGGUAGAUACCGUCACCAUGGACACCGAAAGGGCCUGCUUAAGACCAUCUUGGACUGAAGCCCUCAAGCUCAUGAACAACUCGGCGUUCCUCGGCAUGCUUCUCAAUUUUAACAAGGACACAAUCACAGAGGAGGUUGUGGAGCUUCUUGCACCUUAUAUCAGUAUGGAAGAUUAUAAUCUGGAGGCAGCGAAGCGGAUUUGUGGCAACGUAGCUGGACUUUGCUCUUGGACUGAGGCUAUGGUGGACUUCUUUAGCAUUAAUAAAGAAGUCUUGCCUUUGAAGGCGAACCUGAAGUUACAGGAGGCCCGACUAGCUGUGGCUCAGGACGAACUUUCCAGAGCGCAGGAACAGUUAGAUGAAAAGCAGAAAGAACUGGACGAAGCACAGGCACUUUAUGACGGUGCAGUGAGAGAGAAGCAGUCACUGUUGGAUGAUGCUGAAGGAUGUCGUAGAAAAAUGUCCAGUGCAAUGGCACUCAUCGAUGGACUCGGUGGAGAAAAGAUUCGCUGGACAGAGAGCAGUACUGAGUUCCAGCGACAAAUUAAACAUCUAAUGGGAGAUGUCCUACUAGCUACUGGGUUCCUGUCCUAUUCGGGUCCUUUUAACCAGGAGUACCGAAUUCACCUUCUAGAGCAAUGGAAGAAAGAAAUAAAUAUCAACUCUAUUCCGUAUAGUCAGAACCUGAAUGUGAGCAGCAUGCUGGUAGAUAAUGUUACUAUAGGUGAGUGGAACCUUCAGGGCCUGCCCAAUGAUGAACUGUCUGUCCAGAAUGGAAUCAUAGUUACUUCCGCCUCCCGAUAUCCACUUCUCAUUGACCCUCAAGGUCAGGGAAAGGCCUGGAUCAAAAACCGUGAAAGCAAUAAUGAGCUACAGGUCACAUCUCUAGACCACAAAUAUUUCCGAACCCACCUUGAAAACACUUUGUCUCUCGGCAAACCCCUACUCAUCGAAGAUGUCGGGGAGGAACUGGAUCCUGUUCUCGACAACAUUUUGGAGAAGAACUUCACAAAAUCUGGCUCGACAUAUAAAGUCAAAAUCGGAGAUAAAGAGGUCGACGUGAUGAAAGGAUUCACUCUUUACAUCACCACCAAACUGGCCAACCCAACGUACAGUCCUGAAAUCAGUGCUAAAACCGCAGUUGUGGACUUUACGGUCACAAUGAGGGGUUUAGAAGACCAGCUGCUGGGUCGUGUCAUCCUCACAGAGAAACAAGAAAUGGAAUCGGAACGAGUGAAAAUGGUGGUCGAGGUCACAUCCAACAAGCGGAAGAUGCAGGAGUUGGAGGAUAAUUUACUAUUUCGACUCACCAGCACACAAGGUUCUCUGGUGGAUGAUGAUUCUCUGAUAGAGGUGCUCAGAGUUACCAAAAUUACCGCACAGGAGGUCAGGGAGAAACUCACGGUGGCAGCGGAAACUGAAAUAAAGAUCAAUCAUGCCCGUGAGGAAUAUCGUCCGAUAGCUACGAGGGGCAGCAUCCUCUAUUUUCUCAUCGUAGAAAUGAGUCUGGUCGAUGUCAUGUACCAGACGUCCCUCAAGCAAUUCCUGGAAAUUUUCGACAGGUCCUUGGAAAAGUCGCCAAAGUCUCAAAUCACCUCCAAAAGACUUGCGAACAUCAUGGAUUUCUUGACCUACGAGGUGUUCUGCUAUACAGUCCGAGGCUUGUAUGAAGAUCACAAAUUUCUUUUCACCCUGCUCUUGGCGCUGAAGCUAGACCUUCAAGCGCAGAAAAUUUCCCACAGUGAAUUUCAUGCUUUCAUCAAAGGUGGAGCAUCUCUUGACCUGAACUCGGUGGAGCCCAAGCCAAAACGUUGGAUCAUGGAUAUGACGUGGCUGAACCUGGUCCACCUGUCCAGUCUGCAUCCCUUCACCAGACUACUAGAACAGGUGGCGUGCAGCGAGAAGGCCUGGAGAUGCUGGUUCGAGGAAGCCGCUCCAGAAGAUGCAGCGCUUCCUGACGGAUAUGACAAUCUGUUAGAUGCCUUUCACAAGUUACUGCUGAUCAGAAGCUGGUGCCCUGAUCGGACCAUUGCACAGGCGCGGCGGUACAUCACAGAAUCGAUAGGACAGAGGUAUGCGGAGGGAGUGACACUCGACAUGGAUGCCAUGAGUACAGAGACUGACAAGAGGACGCCGAUCGUCUGCCUUCUCUCCAUGGGUUCAGAUCCCACUGAGAAUAUAGAGAGGUUGGCCAAAACAAAGAGUGUCCUGUGUCGGGCGAUUUCAAUGGGCCAAGGACAGGAAGUUCAUGCACGAAGGCUGCUGAACCAGAGCAUGUCAGAAGGAGGUUGGUUGCUGCUGCAGAAUUGCCAUCUAGGUCUGGAUUUUCUGGAUGAGCUUUUAGAGUCCGUGACUGCUGCCGAGAGCGUCCACGACAAUUUCAAAGUGUGGGUGACUACAGAGGUCCACCCGAGGUUCCCUAUCAAUUUCCUUCAGUCAUCAAUCAAAUUUACUAACGAGCCUCCGCAAGGCGUUAAAGCUGGAUUGAGGAGGACCUACAGCAGCAUAACUCAGGAACAGCUCGAGAUAACCAACAUGCCGCAGUGGAAACCUUUACUCUACGCUGUGGCCUUUCUGCACACCACUGUACAGGAGAGGCGUAAGUUCGGUCCACUGGGCUGGAAUAUUCCAUACGAGUUCAACCAGGCUGAUUUCACCUCCAGUGUGCAGUUUGUGCAAAACCACUUGGACGUUGUGGACGCGAAGCAGGGGGUGAACUGGAACUGCAUGCGCUACAUGCUUGGAGAAGUUCAGUAUGGCGGGCGGGUCACUGACGAUAUGGACAAACGGCUUCUAAACACCUUCACGCGUAUCUGGUUCAGUGAGAGCACCUUUAAGGAUGCAUUUUGCUUCUAUAAAGGUUAUACUAUACCAAAGGCUAAGAUGUUGCAGGAAUACCAUGCUCACAUCGAUACUCUACCGCUAGUCGACACACCCGAGGUUUUCGGCCUCCAUCCAAACGCUGAAAUCACCUGCCAGACGAACAUGGCCAAUGAAAUUCUGAACACCAUUAUCAGCAUUCAGCCCAAAGACAGCAGCGGUGGUGGAGACGAGACACGGGAAACCACAGUGCUGCGACUGGCCAGUGAAAUGCUGGAGAAGCUUCCCGCUGACUAUGUUCCUUAUGAGGUGAAAAGACAUUUGCAGAAGAUGGGCCUUUUCCAGCCGAUGACGAUAUUCCUGCGGCAGGAAAUUCACCGGAUGCAGCGCAUCAUAGCCAGCGUGCGGACCGCGCUCACCGACCUCCGAUACGCCAUCGAUGGCACGAUAAUCAUGUCCGAAGACCUUCAAGACGCUCUGGACUGCAUGUAUGAUGCUCGUGUUCCGAAGUCAUGGCAGAGGAUCUCAUGGGAAUCCGCCACGCUCGGAUUCUGGUUUACGGAACUUCUUGAGAGGAACCAGCAGUUCCACAGCUGGACUUUCGGAAGCCGUCCUCAUCAGUUUUGGCUGACGGGAUUCUUCAAUCCGCAGGGUUUCCUAACGGCAAUGCGCCAAGAGACGACGCGUAUGAACCUGGCUAAAGGCUGGGCCCUGGACACUGUUGUUCUACUCAAUAAUGUAACAAGGAUGAUGAGGGAGGAUGUGACAGGACCACCUCCUGCGGAUGUAGGAGGAGUCUACAUCUAUGGACUCUUUCUAGACGGAGCAGGUUGGGAUAAACGCAACAGCAAGCUAACCGAAUCUUCUCCAAAGGUUCUCUUCACCCCCGUUCCCGUGGUGCACGUCUACGCCGUCAGCAGCGUCAACAUGGCGGAUAUCAAGCGACCUCCAGGAGUCAGCCUUUACUGCUGUCCGGUGUACAGGAAGCCGAGGCGCACCGACCUCAACUUCAUAUUCGACGUGUUUCUCCGGACCACACAGAGUCCAGACCACUGGAUCUUAAGGGGCGUGGCUCUGCUUUGCGACUGCAAAUAAUCUUUUUAUU